UGUCGUAAACCGUAAAGUGUCAAGGAGGUGUAUUGUCAAGGAGGUGUAUUGUCAAGGAGGUGUUUGUGUGUUUUUGUAAGUGUGAAUAAGAUAAAAAUUUAGGUUUGUACUUAAUUACAAAGCUGAGAAAUAAUACUGGAGUUGAAUUAAAAUUCAUUCUGGGUCGUAUAAAAGUUUAUUAAGUAUUUAAAUUAUAACUUUGUGUUGGUGUACCAUAUGGACCUAUGCGAUUUUAAUUUCAAUUUGUAAAUUUCAUGCUUGUUUGAAACAUUUUUUUUCGUAUAAGUAUGUUGGUUGGUGUUAUAAUUUUAACGGGGCUGUCUACUAGGAAGAUAGAAGGCCCUAAAGACCUAGCGUCCGCCGAAGGCUCGUCGCAGGAGCAUGUGGUCCCUAGUGGAUCCCGGGGAUGAGCUGUAUGCGGGGGCGACAGACGCCGACACGGGCCAGUGCAACUACCUCAGCAACACCACCCACAAGAUACUCCUCACAUCCGUGUACGAGGGAAUCCCGGAGAACUUGCUGGUCAACUUCCUGGGGUGGCUGAUUCUCAUCAUUUUGUUUGCAAUCCUCCGGAAGAAGGCCUGGAACUAUGGGAGGAUUGCUCUGGUACAAAAGAAUGAGGAGAGGUGGACACAACUGUUUUAUGGCGCAAUGGAGGACACAAACUCCGUGACGGAAGUGGACUCUAUUACCUCGGUCGACUCCAGUCUCCACACAGACAAGGGAUUCUGCUCCUUAUUCUCAUGCAGUCUCAGGGACGAGAACAUCCUCCACAAGUGCGGCCCGGACGCGGUGCAGUACCUGUCGUUCCAGCGGCACAUCCUGUUCCUCAUGAGCGUCAUCACGGUCGUGUCCGUGGGCAUCGUCCUGCCCGUCAACUUCCAGGGACUCCUCCAGGGCAACGAGACCACCUUCGGGCACACCACCCUCAGCAACCUGGACCCCAACUCGCCCCUGCUGUGGCUCCACGUGACGCUGGCCAUCCUCUACCUGCCGCUGGGCAUCGCCGUGAUGCGCCGCUUCUCCGCCCGGCUGCAGCUGGAGGAGCAGGCCUCGGAGGUCUCCCGCACGCUCAUGGUCUGCCACAUCCCCCGCCGCCACUGCGACACCUCCGACAUCAGCCGCCACUUCCGAGAUGCAUACCCUGAAAUUGAAGUUCAGAACAUUCAGCUGGCCUACGACAUAACAAGAGUUAGUCGCUUGGACAAGAAGAGGGAGCAGAUGCACGAAGCCAAGGUGUACUGCGAGAACUUCCUGAAGCGCACCGGCACCAGGCUGACCGUGCGUCCCCACGUGUGUGGCAACGUGUGCGGCGGCUGCGACCUGUGUGGCUGCCCAGCGGUGGAUGGUCUGGAGUACUAUGCGGAAGAGGAGGCUCGGCUGGCCAGCGCGGUGGAGUCCGGGCGGCUCGACGCCUUCAAGAAGCCCCUGGGGAUUGCGUUCGUGACCCUGGCGUCGGUGGAGGCGGCCCGCAGGGUGUACUCCGAUCACCAGUCGACCUUCAAGUGCGCCAACAACCCCCCCAACUCCAGCGUCAGCAGCAACCUGCAGCCCCACAGAUGGGUCGUCUCUUUCGCACCGUCCCCCAAAGACAUUUACUGGGAGAACCUGUCGGUGCCCUCCAAGUACUGGUACGUCAAGGCUGUGAUGGUGAACCUCUUCCUGUUCCUAUUUCUGUUCUUCUUGACCACGCCUGCCAUCGUCGUCAACUUCCUCAACACGCACGUGGUUGGCAACCGCCUCGAGAAAAUUAGCCCCGUGGUGUCGGAGUUCCUGCCCACCUUGCUGCUGUGGACCGUCUCGGCCCUGAUGCCCGUGCUGGUGUCGUACUCGGACCAGUGGCUGUCGCACUGGACCCGCUCCGACCAGAACCUGUCCAUCAUGCGGAAGACCUUGGUGCUCUUGCUGUUCAUGGUGCUGGUGCUGCCCUCCCUCGGCCUCGCCAGUGCAGAUGCGCUGCUCAAGUGGUCGUUCAGGAGCCACAACGAGACGUACCGCUGGGAGUGCUUGUUCCUGCCCGACAAGGGCGCCUUCUUCGUCAACUACGUGAUCACGUCGAGCUUCAUCGGGACCGGCCUGGAGCUCAUCCGCUUCCCUGAGCUCUUCAUGUACGCAGCCUGCCUGCUGCUGGCCAGGUCGCGAGCGGAAACGGCAAGCGUGAGGAAGGCCAUUUUGUACGAGUUCCCGUUCGGUGUGCAUUACGCGUGGAUGCUUCUCAUUUUCGCGUUGACCAUCACCUACAGCCUGUCCUGUCCACUUAUCACCCCAUUCGGGCUGCUCUACAUGUGCAUGAAGCACUUGGUGGACAGAUACAACCUGUACUUUGCGUACAGGCCGUCAAAGAUAAACCCGCGCACCCACGCCUCCGCCAUCAACACCGUCAUCUUCUCCAUCGUGCUGCUGCAGCUGAGCUUUCUGGCUCUGUCCGUCUUGCGGCGAGGCAUGAACGACAUAUCCAUCUACUCCCUCGUCGGCGUCUGCAUUACCGUUGGCUUCCUCAUGGCGCAGAUAUUCCUCGACUGGUGCAAAGGGUUCAGCCCUAUUUCGUAUCAGAAGCAGCGCGGCCCGGCGCCGACGCCGUCCGCGGACUCCAGCCCGGCGCACCAGUUCGUGCCCCCCGUGAUGCAGAUGUCCCCGGAGCACCACGCCCGCCCCGAGCCGGUGCUGAGCGUGACGAGCCCCGCCGAGGGCCUGACGAUCCUGCAGCGCACGUACGGCACCCGGGCGGCGGGGGACUCCCGGGACCACGUCGUGCUCUACCAGGACUACGACGGCUCCAACGCGGAGGUGUGACCGCCCCGCGACCUCCCGAUACACUCGCUGGAGGGUUUACUUCCGCCUUGUCCGUGUGUUAUUGGUAGAGACCGGAAAAAUUUCGCGGGUUCAUUUCGCGAUAGGCCAAAAUACGAAUAGUUAUACCUCGGUGCUGCCUCUGCUAUUGGCUCACAACUCACCUGGAUGACGCUGGGCCGAUGAGAAACACCCGACCUAAGGCUUUAUCGAAUCACAGGCUGCUGCGUUGGGACGCCUUCACAAGACAGCAACCAAUGAGUGGGUGGCAUUUGACCGAGUAUACGUAGAACUAUGCAGUUCGUCCUGCGGGUCAUUGCACCCGCGAAUUUUUCCGGUCCCUAGUUAUUGUAUAGUAAUGCUUAUAAUCACGUCAGUAUCAAGUCUGAAUUUUUUUUCUAACUUAGUUUGAUUGUUUUAAUUGCUGUGAAGAACAUUGUUCGCUGAAGGGUUUACUUCCGCCUUGUCGGUUUGCGUUACCUGAUACUGGUGUGAUAUUGCAUACUGAUCACUGGAGACUGGGAAAAAUUUGCGCUUUCGAUGACCUCUGGGACAGACUACACAAUCCCCUACACACUCUGGCAAAUUCCACCUGCUCGUUGGCUACUGACAUCUGUGACACCUGUCAACUGCGGGACGCUUUCGAUUCCGAUACUUUUUUGGGUGGAACGUUUUUUUCAUUGGCUCGAGACCAUCAGAUUAACCGUGAGCCAAUCAGAUAAGCAAUAUAAAAUUGGUACAGUUGUUUGGAUUCUGCCAUGUCGUGAGAUGAAUCCGCAAAUUUUUCCAGGUCUCUGCUAAUCACAUCAGUAUGAAGUCCGAAUUUUUUUUUUAACUUAGUUUGAUUGUUUGUGAAGAAUAUUUGUCUACAUAUUUUCACUACUGUGUGCUUGCUAGUUUUAUAAACUAUAUGUUGCGUUUUUUCAAUGUGUCACAUAUCAGCUCAUUAUUAUUUCACCAAAGCUUCAAAUAACUUAUGUUCCAAGACUGAUUUUCAUUGUACAAGAAAUUGAUGGUAUUGGUGAGUCAGAGAUAUUUCAUAUAAGUAGAGAUGGUGAUUUAUAGCAUUUAAAAUAAUAACAUUUAGCAUUUUGAAUUUGAAAUUUAGCAUUUUGUAGCAUUUUUAAAAAAAAGAUUUAGCCAAUUCUCUUUUUUUUUACAUUACUGAAGAAAAGUAUAUUUUUAAAAAGCAUUAAAUAAUACACAUAUUAAUUAUUAACAACCACAGAAAUAAACAUCUAGCACAACUACAAAGAUAGCCUAUCAUGGCAGGUUUCCAAACAACUUUUUAGCACUUAUGAGUGCAAUAAAUUGAAUACUUAAAAUUACAAUAAAUAUUUUUUAGCCGUGUUCAUGGCCAUAGUUGAUGUAGAGUGCACAAAUAAUGUUAUUGAAACUCGUUUUUUCAAAUUUUUUUUUCUUUCGUUUUUGUUCAAUUUUCGCCUUCUUUUAGUUUUCGAUCAUGCCAGAAACCGUUGCUUGCCGUUUUACCGACCUUUUUUCUUCAUCCAAUUUCUCGGUGAAUCUUUUUUUUUUUUGCAGCCUGAUGUCCCUCAGAUUUAAUGUGCUUUUCAAGUACAUCUUUUUUUUUCCACUCUAGACGGCGAUUACAUAAAUUGCACAUUAAAAUAUUUGUUUCACUUUCAUAGAACUGUUCACUUUUGUAUUCAUUUAGGCGAUCGCAAAUGGAAAUUACGUUUCGUCCCAUUUUUACCACGAGAAAUAACAGUAUACAACACAUUCACAAGUAUGCACGUAUUUGUAAACACACCACCUUCCACGGACUACACAAGAACGCGGCUUUCACGUGAAACACAGCCAGAAAAUGGGACUUACAAUUGUUAGCGCGGUGAAGCAGAGAUGUCGCAAUAUGGUGGCCCAAAAACUUGUACUCUGCAAGAUGACGGACACUCUUCCAGCUAGUUGUUCUUUGCUUUGUUUACAAUCGCGUGGCACGGAUGGCCAUUCUUCAUUCAAUAUUUACGAACAAUAGUGUUGCGAAUGACGUGAAACUAAGAUACUUGUGCUGAAUACGCCAUAAAAUGAUUCUUUUGAUACUGAACUGAAUCAAAAUACAAUCAGUAAAUAAAUUGUGCAGAGUGAAGACGAAUCUACGUUUUUUACCUUGAUUUCGCAUUUAUCUCGGAAUAGUCUAGAUUUCGCAUUUAAUAGCGGAAAAAAUAUAAUUUAGCAUAUUUUCGCAUCUAUUUCGCGAAAACGAAAAAUCACCAUCCCUACAUAUAAGGCAUAAAGUUUACAGUCAACUUGAUGCUAGAUAUAGAAUAAUUUUGAGUGGCAGUAAUGAAAGACCAGAUUUGGCAUGCAGAAACUUUAGUUUAUAACUAUAGUACUAACUUUAAAUUUAUCAUCAUACUGAAGUCUCUAUUAGUAAAUGGCAUUUAUAUACUAGUGAAUGUUUUUUAGAGCUUAUCAUUAGUUUUCUAUGUGUAUCCGAAAUCAUAUAAUACAUAUUAAAAUUAUUGUUAUACUAGCCAAAUAUUUUAUUUAAUUAAGGAAUUUGCUUUAUAAAAAAUCUUCAUAGAAUUCCUUGUGCUUAAAAUUAUUUUAAUUCAAUAAAUAAUAUGUGAACAUAACUAUUUUUAAAUUUAAGGUCCAGAAAGCAUGGUGCUGUGUGUAAGAGAGUUAAAAAUAGUAGAUAGUAUUUACAUAAGUCUAUUGUGGUGUCUCAACGAGAAUGCAAGCACACAAUUUUUUACAGGAAAAAAAUUGCUUUGUUCGAAAUAUUGAAAAAAAAAAAUUCAUUCAUUAACUAUUUUAAGACCUACUCUUUAACACUACUGAUAUUGAGACAUCAACUUGGGGGUAAAAAUUAUAAAGAUCAUUAAACAUUUGUAUAAUCUAUUGUGUUUAAUCAUCCUUACACAAAAAUAAAUUUAUCCAAAACUUAAAUUGUGGUAUUCAGUUUAAAGAUUCUCAUGAAUUAAAUUUUAGUAUUAUCACUCUAGUCUUUUAUUGAUAUGAUUCGGGUAAUUUCGGUUUAUAAAUAAUUUUUUGGUAGAAGAGAGAUUUUUUUUAGUGACGUAACUUUGUGUUACCAAUACAGAAGAAAGUAUAGAUAUGACACUUGUAUGCCCUUUAGCAGGUGUCCCAAGGAAGACAAGAUAAUUUGCAGGUGCGAAGCUGCACAGGAGAAAAUAUAGACCCGCUGUCGUGAGAGAUCUGGGUGCUUAUGAAGAGAGAAAGGUUGUUUGUUUUUUUUGUGAGGAGAUAUGAACAGGUGAAUUAUGUAGAGAUAACAGCUUUUGAAAUUUUUUUUUAACAAGGAAUUAAAAUAAUAUAUAGAUGAUAUAGAAUUCAUUGAACAUUUCACAAGCUUUGGAUUAAAUUGGUUAAAAGAAUUGCAGUUAGAUUCUCUUUUACAAGGCAACAUAUCAGGGGCAACAGAUGUUACGACAACGCAUGUUGACUGUUUAUGCUAAUCUAGAGGUAAUUUGCUUGCUAUAAAGAAAGAACUGAAGACUUUAUGCUAGGAGUUUUGAUUAUGGUAUACACCAAAUAGUUCUUGGUAUGGAAAUGUACAAUGUUAGAUAUUUGGGUUAAUCAAUUUAGUUCUGAUCAUAUCAAAAUUUACUUAAAAGUGAGGGAAAUCAACACCAUAAAACAUGCUGAGGCGUUCUGUGCUAGAGCUUCAUACCUCAGCGCCGUAUUUUGUGAUGUAAUACAAUGUCAGAAAACCACAUCUAAUAAAUACCUUGUUUUUGCAUGUACUGUGAUAAACAAAUUUUUGCUACGAAGGUAAAAAUUAGUGUUGUGUCAGUUCUCAGUGAAUUAACAGGCUUGGACAACCGUAAAUAUAAUCCCGGUAUCACGGAAAACAUAAUUGUGAAACCUUUCCCAACGAAAAUACAAUAGGCUUAGAGUAAACUGCUGUAAUAUGUUGCCGGUGACCAGCAUGGACAUGCCUUUCUAAUUUCACUUUAAGCCAAUUAAUUGAGACUAUCCGCACCCUGUGUAAAAGUAAAGGUUUGUAAACCGUUGAAAAUUCCCGGCAACUUGAGCAGUCUCUCCUUCCUUUCUUUCAACAAAUGCCCUCCCAAAUGGAAAAAUAUAGCUGGCAGAAAAUAUCAAAAUCCCAACCUUUUUUUUUUCUCCCUCUUGUCACACGUAUACAGGGAUAAUCUUUUCAACUAAAAGAACACGUAUGGAAUUAUUACAACUCAGAUCGGGCCGGCUAAAAAAUGACCCAAGUUACAAUGUUCCCACAAAUACACCUUAAAAAUAAAUUACUGAUUCAAUACUAAAAAUGUUUGUCAAAAAUUCGUGGUAUAUAUUUGUUAAAAUUUCUAUGUUAAGUACGAAUUUAGUUGGGCAGGUUUUAUUGAAGAAAAAGAUUCAGUUCUUUCACAAAAGCUGUCUGCCAUUACAUAAUGAUCACAACAUUUCGACACAGUCUCCACAGCAACACAAACAAAUUAUUUCCUACUCAAAAGGUGAAUGUGUAUUAAUUUUCAUAAUGCCAAAACGUUCUCAAUAUUCACACACACUUUACAUAUCGCAAAUACCUAAAUCCCGAAAUCGCUUGGCAUUGUCGGUACAAGCAGCCAAGGGUUUGGGGAGUGGAGAAGGAAGUACUAAUUGCACCAGUUGUGUGUGUACAGUACAGUACAGUACAGUACAGUACAGUACAGUACAGUACAGGAGCCAGCUACCUCAUAUGUUGGUAGGGACUUGCUGCUGGAGUGAUUGAACAUGCAGGGAGUUCGAUGUCUCAUUUCCACUAGACGAAUGGCCACUAACCUUCAAUAACUUGUUUGAAUACUGCCUGAUUGGAGAACUCAUCCAAUAUCACUUUUCAAAAUCAAGUCAUUUAGAUCUGUAGUCUUAAAAUGUAGAUGGUAUUAUUUUUUUUAAAUGCAUUUUUAUAUGAACUAUUGAGGUUUUCUCAUUUUCUCUGUGAAUUUAAUAUCUUUGUCCCAAGUUUUUAUGCAUAUUUUCCUCUUCAGCAAAGGAGUGAAGAAUAAAAAAAAAAUCAUGUUGCACUAUUUAAAAUAUAUAUAUAUGUAGAUUCUGUAUCAAUUACUAAACUAGUAUACAUUGUUUGUAUGUUUGUACAUUUGUAAAUGUUGUUGCUACAGUAAUGUUUUCUUUGUGUGAGUUUUUUUUUUGCAUAAUGGCUACAUUUAUGUGCAUUUACCUACUACGUACAUUGAUUUUCUAUGGUUUCUAGUCAAGAGCUUGUUUUGUAAAUAGUCUCUCAUGCUCUAAAUCUAUCACAAUUAUAAAUGAUAAAUGAUGUAUUACUGUAUUAUUUGUUCACACUCCCAUAUAGUUCUUAAAUUUAUCCAAGCUUUUAACUUAUUUGUAUGUCUGCACAUAUUAUGUAUCAUAAAAAGGAAUACCAUUGUGGUAUAUUCAUAAACAUUAUGUUUUAUCUGUAAACAGCACACAUUUUUCGUCAAGCAGUGAAUGUUAUUUCAUAUAGUAUUUAAUCAGUUAUUUGUAUGCAUAGAAUAUAAAUAAAACAUAACUACUAAUGUA